UCUUUCUUGUACCGGUAUUUGUUUCCUCUUAUUCUAGAAAAGAAGAUGGGGAAGCUUUCUAAGUACUGUGGUGUGUUUGGUGUGAUGUUGGUAUUGUUAGUGAUAGCUGUAGGGACAACAGAAUGUAGGAAAAUUGAAAAAGAUACAUUUUCUGAUGGCAUAGGAGGUGGAGGAGGCGUUGGGGGUGGUGGAGGAGGGGGAGUUGGAGGAGGUGGUGGUGCUGGGGGAGGAGUUGGAGUUGGUGUUGGUGGGGGUGGGGGUGCAGGUGGUGGCAUUGGAGGUGGAGGUGGUGCUGGUGGUGGCAUCGGAGGUGGAGGUGGUGCUGGUGGUGGUGCAGGUGGAGGCAUUGGAGGUGGGUCUGGUGGUGGUGUAGGAAUUGGAGGAGGAGUUGGUGGGGGUGCAGGUGGUGGCAUCGGAGGUAGAGGUGGUGCUGGUGGUGGUUCAGGUGGAGGCAUUGGAGGUGGGUCUGGUGGUGGUGUAGGAAUUGGAGGAGGAGUUGGUGGGGGUGCAGGUGGUGGCAUUGGAGGUGGAGGUGGUGCUGGCGGGGGUGCAGGUGGAGGCAUUGGAGGUGGGUCUGGUGGUGGUGUUGGUGGGGGUGCAGGUGGUGGCAUUGGAGGUGGUGGCGGUGCAGGAGGGGGUAUUGGUGGUGGAUUUUAA